AUGGUUCUCGCGCGAGUCCUCACGCUCCCGCUGCCCGCCCCGUCGUCCGCGCCCCACCGCCGCUUCCUCCUCCCGCCUCAGGCGGCGCCUCCGCCGGUGCGUGUGCUCACCGUGCGGGCCGCGGCCUGCUGCGCAGCGAACGCCAUGGCGGCCGUUGCUCUGGACCCGCCCCCGGUCGCUCCGGAUCCCGCUGAGGUCGCAGCCGUGGGCGUCGGGGAGGAGCUGCCGGAGGGGUACGAUCAGAUGAUGCCCACCGUGGAGCCGUCGCGGCGGCGGCGCGCGGGGGUGCUCCUGCAUCCGACGUCGUUGCGGGGCCCGCACGGCAUCGGCGACCUCGGGGACGAGGCGCUUGCCUUCCUGCAUUGGCUCCGCGACGCUGGCUGCACGCUCUGGCAGGUUCUACCACUUGUUCCUCCAGGUAGGACGGCUGGGGAGGAUGGAUCUCCUUAUUCUGGACAGGAUGCCAACUGUGGCAAUACCCUUUUGAUAUCUCUUGAGGAGCUUGUAAAAGAUGGUCUAUUGAUGUCAGAUGAACUUCCUGAUCCUGUGGACACAGAGUUUGUUGAAUUUGACACUGUUGCAAAUCUGAAAGAACCACUUAUUGCUAAGGCAGCAGAGAGGCUCCUACUAAGCCAAGGAGAGCUCAGAACGCAAUAUGACUGCUUCAAGAAAAAUCCAAAUAUAUCAGGUUGGCUUGAAGAUGCAGCUCUUUUUGCUGCUAUUGACAAAAGCAUCGGUGCGUUCUCUUGGUACGAGUGGCCUGAACCUCUGAAAAAUCGCCAUCUUGGAGCCUUGGAAGAUAUAUAUCAAAAACAGAAGGACUUUAUAGAGACAUUUAUGGCUCAGCAGUUCUUAUUUCAAAGGCAAUGGCAGCAGAUUCGUACAUAUGCACAAAAGCUGGGUAUCAGCAUCAUGGGUGACAUGCCUAUAUAUGUUGGCUACCAUAGUGCAGAUGUUUGGGCGAACAGGAAAUCAUUUUUGCUGGACAAGAAUGGUUUCCCCACUUUCGUUAGUGGUGUUCCACCUGAUGCUUUUAGCGAAACGGGUCAACUAUGGAACAGCCCAUUGUACGAUUGGAAAGCUAUGGAAGCAGAUGGCUUUUCAUGGUGGAUAAAGAGGAUUAAACGUGCCCUUGAUUUGUAUGAUGAGUUCCGUAUUGACCAUUUCCGGGGGCUUGCGGGUUUUUGGGCAGUCCCUUCUGAUGCAAAAGUAGCACUGGUUGGAAGCUGGAGGGCUGGACCAAGGAAUAGCUUUUUUGACGCGCUCUUCAAAGCUGUUGGUAGAAUAGAUAUAAUAGCAGAAGACCUGGGGGUAAUUACUGAAGAUGUCGUUCAGCUAAGGAAAUCUAUUGGGGCCCCUGGGAUGGCAGUUCUCCAGUUUGCUUUUGGAGGUGGUUCUGACAACCCUCACUUGGUACACAACCAUGAAAUGGAUCAAGUUGUGUACACUGGAACACAUGAUAACGAUACAGUUCUUGGCUGGUGGCAAAAUUUACCAGAGGAAGAGAAGAAAAUUGUGAUCAAGUAUCUACCGGAAGCCGAGAAUACUGACAUAUCAUGGACUCUGAUUACGGCUGCCCUCUCUUCUGUUGCGAGGACUUCCAUGGUAACCAUGCAGGACAUUCUUGGCCUUGACAGUUCUGGUCGAAUGAAUACUCCAGCUACCCAGAAAGGAAAUUGGAGAUGGAGGAUACCAAGCUCAGUUGGCUUCGACAGCCUCAGCCCUGAAGCAGCAAAGCUGAAGGAGCUGUUUGCGCUGUACAAUCGGCAGUGA